UUUUUUUUUUUUUUUUUUUUUGAGGUGGAGUCUCGCUCUGUCGCCCAGGCUGGAGUGCGGUGGUGCGAUCUCGGCUCACCGCAAGCUCCACCUUCUGAGUUCACGCCAUUCUCCUGCCUCAGCCUCCUGAGUAGCUGGGACUACAGGCACCUGCCACUAGGCCCGGCUUACUUUUUGUAUUUUAGUAGACACGGGGUUUCACCGCAUUAGCCAAGAUGGUCUCAAUCUCCUGACCUUGUGAUCCACCCGCCUCAGCCUCCCAAAGGGCUGGGAUUACCGGCGCGAGCCACUGUGCCCGGCCAAGACCCAGCUUCUUAAAGAUGACAUAAUCAAAAGGAUUGUGGCAUAAUCUAAUAAUGGAACUGUGAACUACCUUGAGCUAGUAGUUCUCUCAUUAGCCAAAGAUGUUGAAUAUCUUUCAAAAUGUCCUACUUAGCCCCCUGUGAAUUUGCUGUGGGUGCCCUCAGGCACCUUGAUGCACCGUUUGGGAACUAUGGUUUAGUCUGUGGGAACAGUAGUUUCACUACUGAAACUACUGAGAGGUCCUGCCGGAAACACAAUAGGUGGUAUUAUAAAACAGAUACUGUGGGCUGGUAUCAUUCCUCUGUGUACCCAAAUUAACGUCUGCAGAAGCUUCUUGAAGGCAUUUCCAGACCAGGCAAAGGAGGGACAAUGUUCCAGACCAGGGAGUAGUGCAGAGUCUCAGGUUCCUUCAUGAACCCUGAGUGACUCCAUUUGGCUGGAUUGUAGAGGGUAGACUGGAGGGGCAGUCAAACUGUGAAGGAUUUCCUGUGCCUGGUGAGAGACCACAGACUCGAUCCUGUAGGCAAGGGAGGCAUUGGAAGACUUCACGAGGGUCUCUGUUUCAUUUGGAGUUGGUACUCCAUUUUUUAAAAAAAUUAAUAGCCUUUACUUUCUAGAGCAGUUUUAGGCUACAGAAAAUUGAGCAGAUAGUAUAAUGAGUUUCAUAUACCCCUCUUUCCCCAGCUCAAUUUUCCCAAUUAUUAACAUCUUGCAUUAGUGUGUUGUUAUAAUUAAUGAAACAAUAUUGAUACAUCAUGAUAACUGAAGUCCAUAGUUUACAUUACGGUUCACUCUUUGUGUUGCAAAGUUCUAUGGGUUUUGACAAAUGCAUGUCUCAUAUCCACCAUUACAUUGUCAUACAGAAUAGUUUCACUGUUCUAAAAGCACCUCGUCCUCCACCUAUUCAGCCCUCAUUAGCAUCCCCCAAAAAAAGCACUUAGGAAUAAAUCUAACAACAUAUGUACAAGGUUUGUAUGAGCAAAACUACAAAACUGAUAAAAAGAAACCAAGGAAGAUCAAGUGAAUGGAGAGAUGGUCCAUGUUCACGGAUAGGAAAACUCAGGAUGUUAGUUCUUUCCAACUUGAUCUAUAGCUUCAAUGUGAUCCUGGUCAUAGUCCCAGCAAGUUAUUUUGUGAAUAUCACCAACUGAUUCUAAAGUUUACAUGAAAAUGUAGAAGACCCAGAAGAGUUCCACUGUUCCACCUCCUUCUGCCUCUCCUGGUGCCGUUUGUGUGCUCAUUCGUUCUGUGCAGACCUGGUGCCUCAUUUGUGAAGCAGCAGCUGAGGAGACUCCAGCACUCGCAUGGCUGAUGAAAAGCCCAAGGAAGGAGUCAAGACUGAGAAUAACAAUCUUAUUAAUUUGAAGGUAAUAGGGCAGGAUGGUUCUGUGGUGCAGUUUAAAAUUAAAAGUCAUAUACCGGCCGGGUGUGUCAAUGAAACAGACACACCUGCACAGUUGGAAAUGGAGGAUGAAGAUACAAUUGAUGUGUUUCAGCAACAGACAAGAAGUGUCUACUGAAAAAGGAACCUGCUUCUUUACUCUAGAACUUUGUUCUUAUAGGCCAAGAUUCCAUUCUCAAUUAGAAAACUGCAACUUGGUUCUACCACACCAUGACUAUUACUAUAGUAUAGUUUUCGCUAUUCUUUUAUUUUUUCCUUACCCAUUCUUUUAUUGUAAAUAAAAUAAUGGGUGUAUGUUCACAAGCAUUUUGCUGUUUUAAAUAUUAAAUGGCCAAUGACAUCCACUUGAUGUCAAUCAAAACAUACCCGUGGGGAAAAUACUGAUUCUUGAAAAUUACCUCCCUUUCUCCAUCAGUGGCAUGCUCCUUCAACUCUUAUCUUACAUUGCAAUGUUAUUUUGCUCUCACUAUUUUAACAAAAAAAAAUUCUUAAAUACCUUAUUCAUUGGAGAAUUUUAAUGUUUUUCAUUUAUCAUUGUAAAACCAAGGACAAUUUUAUAACUUUUUGUGUAUAUAGCUCUUACAUGUAGGGCAAUCUGUCUUUAAGUGGAGAUAAAUUACUCUUAAAAAAAAAAAAGAAUCCUAAAUAGUUUUCCUUUUAAGUCAAGCAUCUUGUUGUUUAAAUAAACUUCUUGUUAAAAAUGGAGAAAAAGAAGAAAGACCCAGAAUAACCAACAUAAUACUUACGAAAAACAAAUUCAGAGGAUUAACACUCCUGACUUCAAGACUUACUAUCAAGCUACAAUAAUCAAGACAGUGUGGUACUGGCAAAAGAAUAGACAAAUAGGCCAAUGGAACAAAUAGAGAACCCAGGAAUAGACUCACACAAAUACAGUCAGCUGAUCUUUGACAAGGCAGUAAAGUCAAUUCAAUGGAGAAACGAUAGUCUUAUCAACAAACAGUGAUGGAACAAUUGGACAUCCAUAUGCAAAAAAAAAUCUAAACACUGACCUAACACUUUACAAAAGUUAGCUCAAAAUAGAUGACAGACCUAAAUUUAAAAUACAAAACUAUGAAACUUCUAGAAGAUAACAUAGGAAGAAAAUCCAACUUGAUCUGUAGCUUUAACAUAAUCGGAGUUGCAGUCCCAGCCACUUGUUUUCUUGGAUUUGGC